UGAAAUCUGCAAUAAAUAUUUAAACAAAAGUGAUAAUAAUAUUGAAUAAAUUCAAGUGUCUUACAAUAUAUACAUCUAUUAAUAAAUAUUUAUUGUCGAGCCGGAAAACGAUAGAAAUAUAUCUCGUGUCGUUUGUUUGAUUGUGAAAUCCUGCGAGAUAUUUGAAAUAUUUUUCCGGUUUGCUUUGCUUUGAGUCGUUCACGUUUAUGUUUUACCGAUUAUUCUAUAUGCAGAAAUCAUAUCCGCGAGAUUUUUCAGCUAUAUUCUUAUAUUUAUCUUGCAAAACCCCGUCCGAAAUCGUUGAUGAUUAAGUGAAUCGAGCUCGUCAGCUCUACCGGUAAAAAUCGUAAAGACAACUGCUAGCUAGCUAGUUCGGUCGGUAAGGAAGCGAGGUGAAAAUCUAAAACUCGAGGAUAAAAACGACGGAUAAUUAAUCGAUAUAAGAUAUUUGAAUCGGUGAAUUUGGUUUAAUUCACGACAGUUGUACUUUCGCAUACUAUGAGAGGAUGAGCUGUUCCGUGAAGAUAUCCAGCGCGAAAAACUGGGGAGGUUCGCAGCGCAGGAUCAACUCCCUGUCGGAGGAAUCUCUGCCUCUGCAGAGUGCCUCGCCUAGGACUCCGCCUCGUCCUGUGAAAUCCAUUGCCGUUAAGAAAGGCGAAGACACCACCAAACUGUUGAAGUAUAUCGACGAUAAUGUCAUCGGCAAAAGCAGCACGUUCUUUGGUCCCUUCGGACGCAGAAAAGUUGUCUACUGCGACUACACUGCAUCUGGAAGAUCGUUGCAGUUCCUGGAGGAAUAUAUCACCAAGGAAGUUCUUCCCUGUCUCGGUGACACACGAACGUCAACGUCAAUCUGUAGUCUGCAGUCUUCUUUAUUUAGGCAUGAGGCUCGAGAUAUUGUGAGACAUGCUGUUGGUGCUAGUGAACAGGAUGCUGUCCUUUUCACGGGUCAUGGAACCGCUGGUGCCCUACGCGCCUUGCUUCGGCACCUGGACAUGAAUAAGCCCACCGUUGUCUUCGUCGGCCCUUUCGAGCACCAUGCUAACCUACGACCUUGGAGAGAGCACGGAGUUAAGAUAAUAAGAAUUGCCGAGACCAAGGAAGGCUUCCUGGACCUGAAUGACCUGGACCGGCAAUUAGCUAAGGAACGUCUCACUGGAGCUCAACUUGUCGGGUGCUUUAGUGCUGCCAGCUGCAUCACUGGCGUUCUUGCCGAUGACGUGGCGACAACUCUUCUUCUUCAUCAACAUGGCGCACUCAGUAUCUGGGAUUACACUUCGGCAGCUCCGUACCUACAAAUGGACAUGAAUCCUCACCUGCCAGGAGUCGGUGAAAACACGGUUCACAAAGAUGCUAUCAUAUUCAGCGGCCACAAAUUCAUCGGCGGUGCUCAAACACCGGGAGUCCUAGUGACAAAGAAAACGCUUCUCAAGACCGAGUCUAGUCUUGAAGAUAUGAGGGAUUCUCAUCGAUAUUUGCAAGAUCCCGAGCUCCGCGAGGAAAGCGGAACUGCCGCUGUGGUCGAGACCAUUAGAUGCGGACUCGCCAUUCAGCUGAAAGAAAAUGUUACACCACAAGCAAUCAUGGCUCGACAAGAUAAAAUUACAAAACAAGUUUUGGCACAUGUGCGCACAAUACCAGAGCUCAUACUUCUCGGUAGCAGUUCACACAACGUCAAACGACUUUCAAUCUUCUCGUUCAUGGUCCGUCAUCCCCGAGGCACGUUUCUCCAUCAUAACUUUGUCUGCGCAGUUCUCAACGAUGUCUUCGGAGUCCAGGCAAGAGGUGGCUGCGCCUGCACGGGACGUUAUGCUCACGAACUAAUGGGAAUUGAUGAAAAAUUAGCCAAAGACUACGAGGCCAUUCUGCAGCAAAAUGGUUGCAAUGAAGAAUCAAGCGUGGAGAUGCUUCGGCCAGGAUUCGCCCGUCUGUCGUUUCCCUUCUUCAUGUCGGAAACCGAAGUUGCUUUCGUCCUCGAGGCGUUGAAAAUGGUUGCGACCGAAGGAUGGAAACUUCUGCCUCAGUACGUCCUGAAUCCAGACACAGGUGAAUGGCGCCACCAUACAAACAGCGUAUUCAAAGACCGCAAAUGGCUGGGUUCGAUAAGGUAUACAGACGGAAAGAUGAUCACAUCGGAGCGAAGGGUAUCUGGACCUGGUGUGUUUCCUCAGAGUUACAGCGACUGCCUUCAAACCGCGAGAAACAUCUUCAACAGAGCGAGAAAAAUGGCUCAGAGAUAUCCUCUGCAAAUUGAUCAAAGCGUCGUAUUCACCGAACAAGCCAAAGCACUUCGAUGGUUCAUUCUGCCGAACGAAGCACAGGACCUUCUUCUCGGCAAUUCACAAAACGUCAAGCAGGACGUUCCCUUCAACCCGGUCACAUACAGACUCAGAUACAGCGCCUUCGACAUACCAAACCACUCGCUGCUCUUAGCGAACGGGAUUCGCAGAUUGAACAGCGACAUUCCGAGGACCGGGAACGCCCCGAUAACGUCGAACUCUCCGAGACAUCACAGCCUCCCAGUAUUGACCAGGCCAAUCCCACCAGUUGCUGAUCCCAAAAAGUAUUCCUUCGGGCAAACUCUGUCCACACACUUGAGGAACACUGUGUCACCACCGCUUAUGGCGCAGCUAUCUCUUCCGGAAUACGUGACGUCGGCUGGUGGUCAAAGGUCUCCAUCGACUUGUCCAAGCUCCCCGAUGCCCGUGAGAUUCGCAGUCGGCGAGGCUGUUACUCCGGCAAUUUUGGGAACGCCUGUUGUUGCUCAGCUAAUCGCUGGUGACCAGAGUAACACGGGUAGAGCGCGAUGCAACUCUUUGGGGAGUUCGGGGACCUCUCCUCCGAUAUUAAGUCCCCAGACUAUGGCUAGUCUGGGUAUAAAUAACUCGAGACACCGACACUGCAGCUGUAGCAGUCAGACGGAAUUGAACUCACUGGAGUAUGAGAAUGGGAGCCCGACUCACUCCUUGACAAACGCUAACUCCUACAGUAACUGUGACAUGAGGGUUGGUAGGUCGUCACCAGUCUCUAACCUGUCGCAGAGUUCAGAAGAUCUUCACGCGUAUUUGAAGGAAGUCACGAAGGAAUUAGCAACGGAAAUAAAAUCGGAAAUACGCGAGGUGAUAUCUCAGGUCGACGACGUAUUGUCGGAAACUAACACAACGGAAAACACACCCCAGCACCACUCGAGGACCCAUAGUCUCAACCAUUGCGAGGAAAAGCACGAUUCCUUUUCCGCCAGCGAUAUUGCUGAGUAUCUUAUGGAGUUUUCGAAGGAAAUGGCUAGCGAAGUGAAAUCGGAGAUCAGGUGUAUGGUGAACGCUGUUGACGGUCUUCAUAGGUUCUCCCCCGACACUUCAUCCUCUGACAAAUCAUCGAAUGGAUGUGGUUCACCUGAAAGAAUUUUACCGAAAACAGGAACGAUUGGUAAGCUGAGUGAACUUUCUCAGGAGAGUAAAAUGUCGAGCGAGUGUUCGUCGGACGAGACUGUGAUCUACGUUAUCAAGCAGGAAGCUGGCGGUAAAACUGACGACGAGGACCGUAGUGGGGUAGAAAUAGAUUUAAAAACAUUGCCGAAGAUCUACUCGGCGAUAAACUCGGUCAGUUCUCAGGACAGUGGAAUUAACCUGUCCUUCCAUGAAAACGACAAGUCAGCCGAGUCCGAACUUCGGAGAAGCAGUAGCGCUGAGUCAAACUCCAACGGAUGUAGGAGACUGAGAAUAAACGGGAAAAACACGAAGCAAAAACGGGUCAACGAUCUUUCCGAGGACGAGGAGAUCGUUUCCGAGUGCUCGGGUCUUGAGGAAGAGGAAAGACUGAACCCGGACAAACCCUCUGAGGAUGGAAACCUGCAGUGGCUAUGUCCCCCAAAAAAUAUCUGGAAACCUUCGGUAGAGGCGAUGCAAGAAUUCGACAUGAUCAGGGACGGGGAUAAGGUUAUGGUCUGUUUAUCCGGAGGCAAGGACUCUCUAUCCUUGCUGCAUACCCUGCACCAGUACCAGUUCUACGUGAGAUCCAAGGGUAUUAACUUCGAGAUAGGAGCAGCGACCGUUGACAGCAAAGCUUAUGAUCCCCUUCAGCUGAUGACGUACCUCAAGGCACUGGACGUUCCGUAUUUUUACGAAGAGCAACCAGCUCUUGAGGAAGAGAUUGGAAGGUCGGCGUGCAGCUUUUGCAGCAGAACGAAGAGGAAUCGUCUGUACACCGUUGCCAAAGAGCAUUCCUACAAUGUCUUAGCGCUUGGGCAGCACCUCGACGACCUUACUGAGGGAUUCCUCAUGUCCGUAUUUCACAACGGUAAACUCCGCACCAUGAAAGCCCAUUAUUACAUCCGAGAGCGUGACCUUAGGGUCAUCCGGCCGUUUGUAUACGUCCGGGAAAAGGCGUUGAGACAGUUUGCUGAAUGCAAGAAACUACCGGUCGUACAAGAAACGUGUGAAACUUGCGAAGACGCUCCGAAGAAGCUGGAGCGUAAUAAGCAGAUAAUAGCGCAGCAAGAACAAGUUUACCCGCGAUUAUACUGGUCUCUACGAUCGGCCCUUCAGCCGCUGAUAGUUGCUCGAGGUUUUACCGAGGAAACAAAUCAACAGAAAAGGCAUCGAAGACCAAGGACAAACUCGUUUACAGCCUCGGCCAGUAGUUCGUCUCAGCCAUUAAACGACAGCGAGACCGAAGAGGAGCCGGUAGUCUAGCGCAAGUGAAAUACAACCAGAAAUGCGAAUCGGUUUACUUCCCGGAAUCUGUGUGGUAAGUUCAAGAAACAUCUUGCACGAACGACAGUGACGUACGUCGGGCGUGAUGGUUGAUGGUUACGCAGUAGGCGAAUACUGAGAUGUAUGUAGAUUUAAAGUCUAAUUAACACCAUACUAAUGAUGACGCGAGGGAAGAUUAUCAUUGGGAAGUGAAAAAGGAGGAGAAGAAGAAGCUUUUUUAAAAGCUUCUUAAGCGCUUUACGUAAAGGAUAAUAAUUGUCUCUUAUUCUGCACGUGAAUGAAGGACUCUUUAAUUGGAAAGAAAAAGAGUUGUAAACGAAACAGCCUUUUCGUGAUCCCAAUUUCAUUCUUGCCUUUAAACUUGUCUUUUUAGAUGAUUGGUACCUACGAUAGGUACCAGGAUUCGUCCUACAUUUUUAAACUUAAAACGUGUAAUAUAUGUAAGUUUUGAGUUCGUUAAUUAGCAUAAUAUUAUUAUUAUUAAUUACAAUAUUAAAGGUAACGUUAUUAGUGAUGAUUACAUGCAGAAUGGCAAUGAAAGAUUGAAAGGGUAAAGAGAUCUUUGUAUUAAUAACUACAAUGUAAAUCACUUGGCUUGGAGUGUUUCGAUAUGCAAAUAACGGAU